AUGAUGGCGUCGUGGAAAUCGUGCUUGUGGACAGUGUUCGUGCUCUGCCUGUUGGGGAAGAUAUCUGGGCUGGACAAUGGUCUGGCUCUGACGCCGCCGAUGGGCUGGUUGGCGUGGGAGCGGUUUAGGUGUAACACUGACUGCAAGAAUGACCCCGAUAACUGUAUAAGUGACCGUCUAUUCCGCACGAUGACGGACAUCCUGGUCUCCGAGGGCUACGCGGCUGUGGGCUACGAGUAUAUCAACGUGGACGACUGCUGGCCAGAGAGGGAGCGCGACCCUCGCGGACGACUGGUGCCUGACAGAGAGCGGUUCCCUUACGGCAUGAAAAGCCUUUCCGAUUAUGUUCAUAGCAAAGGAUUGAAGUUUGGAAUUUAUGAAGACUACGGCAAUUUCACAUGUGCCGGCUAUCCCGGUGUGGUGGGCCAUCUUGCCGGAGAUGCGGCGACAUUCGCGGCAUGGGGAGUGGAUUACGUAAAAUUGGACGGCUGCUACGCCUUACCGGUAGACAUGGACCACGGGUACCCUGAGUUUGGACGCCAGCUCAACCUCACCGGCCGACAGAUGGUCUACUCAUGCAGCUGGCCCGUCUACCAGAUAUACGCCGGAAUUCAACCGAACUUCUCAUCGAUCAUUGAACACUGCAACCUGUGGCGCAACUUCGAUGACAUACAAGACUCGUGGGCGUCCGUCGAAUCUAUCAUAGACUACUACGGAAACCACCAAGACGCCAUUGUACCCAACGCUGGCCCCGGACAUUGGAAUGACCCCGAUAUGCUGAUCAUUGGAAACUUCGGUUUAUCAUACGAGCAGAGCAAAACCCAAUUUGCGAUAUGGGCCAUUCUGGCAGCGCCGUUGCUCAUGAGCGUCGAUCUUCGGACAAUUCGGCCCGAGUACAAGGCGAUCCUACAGAACAGGAAGAUUAUCGAAGUUGACCAGGACCCGUUAGGUAUCCAGGGAAGGAGGAUAUACAAGCACCGCGGUAUCGAGAUCUGGUCGCGUCCAAUUGUGCCGAUCCAAGGGCAGUAUUACUCGUACGCGGUGGCAUUCCUCAACCGGCGCACCGACGGCACCCCGUCCGACGUCGCCGUCACGCUGCGCGAGCUCGGACUCAACAACCCCGCCGGUUACAGGCUAGAGGAUCUGUACGAGGACGUGGACUACGGCGUGCUGUCGCCGCAAACCAAGAUCAAAGUGAAAGUGAACCCCUCAGGUGUGGUAAUUCUACGUGCCGACGCGCAGCCAUCUUUCGCCUACAACGCCAUUCCAACUAGGACACCUUACGCACCUCUUAACGAUAUCUUUAGACUGACUAGAAAAUAG